CCACUCCCGCUAGCACUACUAGUGAGAAAACCAAACACAGUCUCAGUACAUUCCCAGGAAAAUGAACUCUCCCCCACAGAUAUGGAGAGGGCAGGAAGGAGGCGCUUGUCAGGAACCAGUCAGAGGUCCCCUUUAAAUCAUCUGCCCUCCUCACACGGAAAAGUUUCAGUGCCUGAGAGAGAGUUCAGUAAAGUUGUGAGACUCGGGUCCUGCAGUCACUCAGCCGCUAUGCUCGUCAUUGUGCUCUACACUGUCACCGGGCUGGUGCUGGGCGGCCUCCUACUUCUGCUUGUGCUGCUACCGAGGAGGCAGCGGAGAGAAGGGGAACCGCCUUUAGAAAAUGGUUGGAUUCCAUUUAUUGGCUUGGCCUUUGAUAUUCAUAAAAACGCCUUGGAAUUCCUAAUCUCUCGACAGCAGAAAUAUGGAGACAUAUUCACCGUCCAUGUUGGAGGGAAAUAUAUAACUUUUAUCAUGGACUCGACCCAGUUCCAGUACGUCAUUAAGCAUGGCAAGCAACUUGACUUUCACGAGUUUGCCAAUACGAUGGCAUCCAGAACUUUCGACUACCCACGCUUGACAGAAGCAAAGUUCCCUGAUCUAAACGAUAAAAUGAACAGAAUAUACAAAAGCAUGCAGGGUCCGGCAUUGGACAAGCUUACUGACAGCAUGAUGGGAAAUCUCCAACGUGUAUUCAGAUGGAAAUUCUCACAAGCAACAGAUUGGAAAGUAGAAAAAAUGUACCAGUUCUGCUGCUGUAUUAUGUUUGAAGCCAGUUUUAUGACACUCUAUGGAAGAGAUCCUAUUGCAGAUGGUCACAAAGUUAUUAGCGAAAUCAGAGAGAAAUUUACAAAGUUUGAUGCCAAGUUCCCCUAUCUUGUCAUAAACAUACCAAUUGCGUUGCUAGGAGCUACCAAGAAGAUUCGUGAAGAACUCAUACAUUUCUUUUUCCCUAAUAAAAUGGAAAAAAGAUCCGAGAUGUCCAAGGUUGUCCAGGAGAGAAAAAACGUGCUGGAGGAAUAUGAACUCCAGGACUAUGACAAAGCAGCACAUCAUUUUGCCUUCCUUUGGGCCUCUGUGGGUAACACGAUUCCGGCAACAUUCUGGGCCAUGUAUUACCUUGUGAGGCACCCAGCAGCACUUGCAGCAGUGCGUGACGAAAUUGACCAUUUGCUGCAGUCAACAGGUCAGAGGAGGGGCCCCGAAUAUGACAUCCAUAUCACCAGAGAACAGUUGGACAGCAUGGUCUUGCUAGGUAGUGCCAUAAAGGAAUCUUUCCGAUUGUGUGCUGCAUCUAUGAAUAUCCGUUUGGUCCAGGAGGAUUUUGUUCUGGAGCUUGAGGGCAACCAGACAAUCAGACUGAGAAAAGACGAUUUGAUAGCCUUAUACCCACCAGCGCUACACAUGGACCCCGAGAUCUAUGAAGAUCCUGAGAGGUACAAAUAUGAUCGCUUUGUAGAAAAUGGAAAAGAGAAGACUUCUUUCUACAAAAAUGGCAAAAAGCUGAAAGAAUAUCUAAUGCCAUUUGGCUCUGGGGUCAGCAAGUGUCCCGGCCGAUUCUUUGCAAUGAAUGAGAUCAAACAGUUUUUGGCUGUGUUACUGAUAUACGUGGACAUGGAGUUUGUCGAACGCAAGGCGAUUGGUCAUGAUAACAGCCGGUCAGGACUUGGUAUACUGUUGCCCAAUUCUGAUAUCAUGUUUCGAUUUAGACUUAGAGCGUUGGAGCUGUAAUAUUAUUAACCAGUUGUAUGAUGGAUUCACGUGGUUUUGUUAUUAUCUAGGCGCCUAAAAGAUGAGGAAUGGUUGAAAAAUCACAACAGUCAAGUCAAAGAAAACUUUACUAUACAUAGAUGUAUUGGGUGUAAGGGAGCAUUAAGCAUUAUUGUCACCUUUGCCUUGCGUUGUCUGAUUUAUGACUAAAACAGUUUGAUUUCAGUAGGCAUUUUGAGUAAUAAAAAUAGUAACAUGAAUUAGAAUUCAGGAAUCACAACGUACAUCCUACAAGGCAUUUAGGGGGAAGAUUUAUCAAAGGUUGAAUUUUUGAAUUGAUGUAAAUUUUAUUUUACACUAGUAAAUUUGAAUGUACUCACAACUCAAAUGGGAGGUUAUUUAUGAAAAAAUUUGAACGUCUAAAAUACGAUCGAAUGGGAACAACCCGAAACUUUGAUUCUUAUUCGAAUCAAAUACGAAAAAACUAGAGUCAAAUUUUCCUCC